GCUGCUGAGCCGGCGCCGAAGAAAACGAAGAAGAAAGGAGCGCGCGCGCACCGAUCCAAAUUGCAUGUUUACAUCACGAGCAAUCAAAACUCUUCUCAUCUCGGGCUUGCACGUGCCCAAAAGCUACAUCUUUGCCAGGCAAGCAACCACCACCGCAAUGGAGUCAUCGGCUAUUGCGAACGGAGCGCCAGGAUCCGUCGAUACGAACCAAAACAUUCCACCACCAUUGCAGUACCGCGUGGCGGCCAAGUGCAGCGUGACAAAGGCGCGUGUUGGUGUAAUGAGCGUACGGCACGCGGAUGUCGAUACGCCGGUGUUUAUGCCGGUCGGAACACAGGGUACGCUUAAGGGUGUGUUGCCGGACCAGCUGCUCGAGCUCGAUUGUCGUAUAAUGCUCGGCAAUACGUACCAUCUGGGAAUGCGCCCGGGGACGACCGUGCUAGAGAAGGCGGGCGGUUUGCAUCGGUUUAUGGGAUGGCCCCGAGCACUGUUGACGGAUUCGGGUGGAUUUCAGAUGGUGUCACUGUUGCAGCUGGCCGAAAUCACCGAACAGGGCGUACGGUUUCAGAGCCCUUACGAUGGCAGUGAGUGUAUGCUAACGCCGGAACGUAGCAUGGAGAUACAGAAUGCGAUCGGGGCGGACAUUAUGAUGCAGCUGGACGAUGUGGUAAAAACGACCACAACUGGACCGCGGGUGGAGGAAGCGAUGCAUCGUACGAUCCGCUGGCUGGAUCGAAGCAUUUCGGCACACGGACGGGAUGAUGAUCAGAGCAUAUUUCCGAUCGUACAGGGAGGAUUGCAGCCGGAUUUAAGGCACGUGUGUGCAGCUGAACUGACCAAGCGUAACACGCGAGGGUUUGCUGUCGGUGGGCUGAGUGGCGGUGAAAGUAAGGACGAAUUCUGGCGCACCGUACAUCUCUGCACGGAUCUACUGCCGGCGGAUAAACCACGGUAUCUGAUGGGUGUUGGGUUUGCGGCCGACCUGGUAGUGUGUGUGGCACUCGGUGUGGAUAUGUUUGAUUGUGUGUUUCCUACGCGAACGGCCCGCUUUGGCUGUGCGUUGACCCGUGCCGGACAGAUUAAUCUUAAGCAACGUACUUUUGCGCAGGACAUGCGCCCGAUCGAGGACGAUUGUGAGUGUUCAACGUGUCGUACUUACACACGAGCUUAUCUGCAUCAUAUCGUUACGGUCGAACCGGUGGCCUGUAGUAUCGUGAGUGUGCACAAUGUGGCGUUCCAGCUGCGGCUUAUGAGCGAUAUGCGAAACGCCAUUAAAGAGGAUCGAUUUCCGGAGUUUGUGAAAUCGUAUAUGGCUGUGCGUUUCCCGGACGACACUGUCCCACAGUGGAUUCGGGAUGCUCUUGCUGCUGUCAAUGUAAAGCUGUGA